GCGGUCAUAAUUUGAUAACAGCAGAAGAUCUGGAAAACUUGUCUGUCCGUAAUCCUAAUCUAUCCAUUUCGAUAAAACUGUCCUUCCAAGCCAAACCAUAUGCUCCUCCUCCUCUACUUGUUCUUCAUCUCUCUCUGGCUCUCUCUCUAGAAAGGAUAAAGAGCUGCGAUUCUCUGCAAAUGGAGACUUUUUCUUCAUCUUCUUCGUUAUCCACGAGACGAGCUCUCGGGCCUGGCCAUUCCUUGCCUGUCAACUCCUGGACUGGUGGGUCGGUCUCCGUUCUUGGGUUUUCUUGCAAAUCUCUCGCCUUUCCUUCUCUCUCAAGGAGGCCUCACACCAACGGCAUCGUGAGAGCCUCCGUCGUCGUCGAGAAGGAGACCCAGGAGGCAAGGACAGCUUUUCUGGUCAUCGGCACCAGAGGAAGCCCAUUGGCACUUGCUCAGGCUUACGAAACAAGAGACAAGCUAAUGGCUAGCCAUCCGGAGUUAACUGAAGAAGGGGCUAUAGAGAUCAAGAUCAUAAAGACAACAGGGGACAAGAUCCUUUCGCAGCCACUUGCUGACAUUGGGGGCAAGGGGCUUUUCACAAAAGAAAUUGAUGAGGCGCUAAUCAACGGAGAUAUCGACAUCGCCGUCCAUUCUAUGAAAGAUGUUCCUACUUACUUACCGGAUAAGACUGUACUACCUUGCAACCUUCAGCGUGAGGAUGUCCGCGAUGCAUUUAUCUCCAUGUCUGCGGGGUCACUCGCUGAACUCGCUGCUGGAAGUAUUAUUGGUACGGCUUCACUCAGGAGGAAGUCGCAAAUACUUAACAGAUAUCCUUCACUCCAAGUCCAGGAGAACUUCCGGGGCAAUGUCCAGACUCGAUUGAAAAAGCUGAAUGAAGGAGUUGUUCAAGCAACACUAUUGGCGCUAGCUGGGUUAAAAAGGUUAAACAUGACCGAAAAUGUCACUUCCAUUCUUCCAAUUGAUGAUAUGCUUCCUGCUGUUGCUCAAGGCGCGAUUGGCAUUGCCUGCCGAAGUGAUGAUGAGAACAUGGCUAAUUACUUGGCCACUUUGAACCAUGAGGAAACGAGAUUGGCAGUUUCUUGCGAGAGGGCCUUUCUGGAGACUUUAGAUGGGUCUUGCCGUACUCCUAUUGCGGGUUAUGCUUGUAAAGAUGAGGAUGGCAAUUGCAUCUUUAGAGGAUUGGUUGCUUCACCAGAUGGGACCCGUGUGCUUGAAACUUCAAGAAAAGGCCCAUAUACCUAUGAAGACAUGGUUUUGAUGGGAAAGGAUGCUGGCAAAGAACUUCUUUCACGGGCAGGUCCUGGGUUUUUUGAUUCUUAAGUAGUCUGAUGAUUGAAUAGGCAGAAGGAACUCACUGAGGCUUUUUCUAACUUAUUGUGCCCAGCAAGUUCAUCAUCAUUUUGAGCUUUUUCCUUGUACUUUAUCAAUUCAUUGUUUGUACUGUAACUAGAAGAGGCUUUUAUAAGUAAGAAUGUAGGUUGUUAUUGUUGCUCUA